AUGGUGAAAGGGGUUCCCUUGUUGUUGCUGGCUGGCCUUCUUGGCUCACUGCUGUCGCCGCAGAAGCCGUUGCUGGCUGGAUACCUCGCACAGCUGACUCUUUUCACAAAUUGGACAAGGCAGGCUUACAGCACUGUUUACACUGUUGCUUUGAAAAAAGUUAAAUUCGCUAAUAUGGAUCUUCAAAGUGUCCUUUUUAUGGCUAGAGAAAUUAUUCUCCUCAGAAGGAGGCUUCAUCAUCCAAAUUUGGAGCAACUGCAUAAAAUCUUCAAGCUCUGUGGAUCUCCUUCUGAAGAAUACUGGAAGAAGUCAAAGCUACCACAUGCGACAAUUUUUAAACCUCAACAACCUUACAAACGUGUUGUUUCUGAGACAUUCAAGAAUUUUCCUUCAUCGGCGCUGAGCCUCUUGGAAGUCUUACUUGCUAUUGAACCAAAAGACCGAGGAACUGCAUCUUCAGCACUUCAGAAUGAGUUCUUCACAUCAAAGCCACUUCCUUGUGAUCCAUCAACUUUGCCAAAGUACCCACCAAGUAAGGAGUUUGCCAAACUUCGAGAAGAGGAAGCGAGAAGACGACGAGCAGCAAAUAAAGGACAUGUAAGACAGGAAUCAGUUGGAUGGAAUUUUAAAGAGUCUAAAGUUGUGCCAGCACCUGAUGCUAAUGUUGAGAUUCAGUCAUCAAUAGAGAAGAGACAAGGGCAGUGUAAUUCAAAAUGCAUUAGUGAGAAGUACAAUCCUGAAGAGGAAGGAGGUUAUGGCUUCCCUCUUGAACCUGCAAAGUUAAGAUCACGUAAUAUCUUCUCUCAUUCGGGCCAGUCAAUGCAUCCAAGUGCAUAUGGAUCGUCGCGCGAUAUGAAUUUGAAAGAGGAAGCUGCUCUUCCUGGCCCUGAUCGUGUUUUCACAUCAAGAAAAAUUGAAUUGAGAAAACAAAAUUCUUAUUGGCACGGUAGUACUGCACAAUUGUCAAGAUUUUCUAAUUCAGUUGCAAUUCGAGGUGAUUCACAACUUGAUAUGAGUGGAGACUGUAGUUUGAACUCACAGUGGUUAGAGGAUCAGUUUGAUAUGAGAUAUAGUCAUUUGGAUGAUGGUGAGUCCAAUCAAUUACUGGAUGGAACCAAACAUUCACGCAAGAAAGACUUCCAUCUGUUCAGAAAGGAUCGUGCCAUGGGUUGUGCUCCCAAAAAUGGCCACAUUCUCAACUAUUCUGGACCACUUCUGCCUCGAGAGGAUAACCUUGAAGAGAUCCUUAAGGAGCAUGAAAGACAAAUCCAACAAGCUGUGCGCAAAGCUCGUCUGGUUAAGGAAAAUAAAAAGGCCGACAGUGAGAAUGGCCAAACUGAGUCACUAUUUCACUUUUACCAAGUGAGAAGUGGCAGGUGACAUUUCAAAGGGUUUUGAUGCAUUUAAUUUGGGAUGAGGGCAUUUGAACACAUGAUUGUGGCUAUCACAAUGGCGAUAUUGUCAAAAUCUUGAUGCUAAGAAAUAGUGACUAAAACUGGUGAGGCUUCAAUGUACUUAUACACAUAGGAUAUUCACAACUACCAUAGAAGGUAUUGUACAGUACAAAGAUAUAACCAACAAACUUGCAUGUUUCAGGAAGGUCUGUAGUCUAUAGAGCAGAUGAAAUACAUGUCAAAAUCUUGAUGCUAAGAAAUAGUGACUAAAACUGGUGAGGCUUCAAUGUACUUAUACACAUAGGAUAUUCACAACUACCAUAGAAGGUAUUGUACAGUACAAAGAUAUAACCAACAAACUUGCAUGUUUCAGGAAGGUCUGUAGUCUAUAGAGCAGAUGAAAUACAUGUCAAAAUCUUGAUGCUAAGAAAUAGUGACUAAAACUGGUGAGGCUUCAAUGUACUUAUACACAUAGGAUAUUCACAACUACCAUAGAAGGUAUUGUACAGUACAAAGAUAUAACCAACAAACUUGCAUGUUUCAGGAAGGUCUGUAGUCUAUAGAGCAGAUGAA